GAAAGGGUCUUAAUUUUUUAAGUUGACGUUUGUUUAUUAAUUUGACAAAUGUGUAGAUAGAGAAGCACCUUGAUGCUUCCGGGUGUUUCCACAUAGACAUUAGGCACAAUGGAUUUCAUAUGAUGACUAUUUAGUGUACUGUUUACAGCAAAAUGCCGCUACGGCGAAGACGAGAUGCCACCGAAGUGAGCUGCUGCAUCAAAUAUUUGAUGUUUGCCUUCAAUGUUCUCUUCUGGAUUAUCGGUGGCUCACUGUUUUGUAUAGGAAUAUGGGCAUGGAUAGAGAAAGACAUGUUUGCAAACAUCGGCAAACUGACAAACAUUUCACUGGACCCGGCUCUGUUGUUCAUUCUGUGUGGAGGUGUUAUGUUCAUCAUUGGAUUUACAGGCUGUGUCGGAUCUCUCAGGGAAAACACGUGUUUACUGCUUUUUUUUAUGGUAGCUGUAGGACUGAUCUUCUUCCUAGAACUCUUACUGGGAAUUUUGGGAUUUGUGUAUAAAAACUGGGUCAAAGAUCAGAUAGAGAGUCAGGUAACCAAUAUGAUAGUACAGUACAGGGAGGAUGCUGAUCUUCAAAACUUGGUCGACUGGGUGCAGCAAGACUGGCUCGAUUGCUGUGGCAUACAGAGCUACAAUGACUGGGAGUUUAACAUGUACUUCAACUGUACAUCUCCAGGAGUAGAAGCUUGUGGUGUUCCGUUUUCUUGUUGUAAAGAUACAGGGAGUGCAAUUAUAAACAGGCAAUGUGGCUUUGAUAUGAUGAAAACAACACAUGAAAUAGACCGCACUACAAAGAUUAAAGUGAUUGGCUGUAUGCCUGCUGGGGAAAAGUGGUUAGAAACCAAUCUUAUUCCUGUGGCAGGUGUGGCUGUUGGUGUAGCUUUAUUGCAGAUUUUGGGAAUAUGCUUUGCUCAGAACUUACGAAGUGAUAUACAAGCACAGCGUGCCAAGUGGCACUAUUGACUAGUGGCCGGGAGACACGAGUUGUCUCCCUUGCAGAGAACUACUGCUGUCUGAUUUCGUCCAGUUUCACUGAACAAUAAUGGUGAUAUUUUACAGACCAUCAAACUUACUCUUUAAUUAUAGUGUGGCAAGACUAAUACUGAUGUUUUAAUCAUCACUUCAGAAGACAGUUCACACUAGGGACCAAUCAUAUUACACUUUUGUUUUACAGUUACAAAUUGUGCAAAAACUAAACAAAUGUUAACAGUACUGUAGAUUUCUUUUUCAUGUUUCACAGAUAUAAUGAGAUUUAGGAAAGAAAUACUGCAAGUGAUAUUUGUUUUUAACACUUGCAUUGCAAUCCCACCUGUUACUGGCAAGCAGGGGUUAUAUUAGCCCCACUAGUUACGAAAAGUAAGUGCUUACUUCGUUGUUUUAUUUCCCACCAUUGUCUAUGUUUUGUUUCUAUGCAAACCAGUAGAGCCGAAUUUGUGAAGAGUGGUGAGCACAAUUUUGUGUAAUACCUAGGACACACUUUCCGAUUAACACUGUAACACUGACUAGACAGUCGAGUUGGCUGUAGUGUGAAAAUGUGAGUCAACACACACCAGCCAAUGUGAUGAUCUUGUUGGCAUUACGAAGGUUCUGAUUACAGACAAAAUUACAGACUAUAUGUAACAGUAGCAUCUUUGCUCAGCAGACACCUACCAAGUAAUGAGUUCAGAGAUGUCAGUAUGGCUGAAAUGAUGGUUUUGUCGGGAAGUGUGUGCCAGGCUUAAUUCUUAAACAUGGACAAGAUAAAACUUGUGUGCAUGCGGUUAAACACCAGCAUGCUAUUGUACCACAUAGAGAAUACGACAUGGGUGGCUGUUGGAUAUCAUUUAUCUUGCAACAUAUUUUAAAACAUCUAAUGAGAGGAAGUGUGUUGAUACAUUUUUGAACAAUGUGCUGUGAGAUAAAUAAUAUCUAACAGACAUGAAUGUAGUGUUCUAUUCUUGCAUAUGCUCAAAAACCAGGUUAAAAUAAAUUUAUAUGUCUUCUCCAACCAUUUGCAUGUAUGGUGCUUGCGCUUUUGCAUCCAAAGUAAUCGGUUUCAGGUUAACUUAUUAAUCACAAAGAUAACAAUUUCUAUUAUAUCUCUUUCAUUAGAUGGUAUAGCUGUGGUGGCCUGGUCAUCAUCACCAAGGAGUAGCUAGUGUUUUUCUUUAGAUUGAUAAUACACAUUUUUGUGGUAUUGGUGUGUGUUAUCAUAAAUAACAUAUAUUCUCACCAACAGGUGUGUAAAAAAUAUCUGUUAUAGUACAAGUUUGACCUUAAUUCUGUGAGCUACAUAUGUGUCACCUCCACUCCUAUUUAUUCUCAAACUGCAUGAAAAUGUCCAUUAAAUAAUGAAUAAAUUACAAUUAUUUACAUUUUAAUUAUGAUGUAACGCUGCAGGCUAUUGUAGGGAUCUACUAGUCUAAGAUAUAAGUAAGGAGAGUGGUGUUUUUUACUUGUUAAAUUAGUGAAUCCAUGUAUUUAUUUAGCAGACAUACUUAUACGAACUGUGCUCAUAUCUUAUUACCAAAUAAUAAUUAGAUCAGGCGUAAAUACGGCAAUGGUGUAUUUAUAGAAUUAUUUUCAUAGUCUCAUUAACACAAAUAUUAUUCUUACAUCUGUGGCUUUCAUUUCUUAUUGAUUUUAUAUUAUUGUAUUUGUAGAGGAUGAAGUGGUCUUAAACAUAAUCGCCAUUUCACAAGUACAAAGUCAUUUGUGCUCAUGUUUCUCUUGGCUUAUAAUAAGACGAGAUAAUGGUACUUAAUUAUUUUAGCUUUAAGUUCAUCUCUAAUAACCAUAAAGGUGCAUUCGUGCAAAUUACUUGUGAAUUGACGAUUACUAAUUCAUUUACUAAAUUAUAAAUUAAAUUACAUUCAUCUGAGAUGGAUGCCCCUCCAUAUCCCAACCACUAAUUAACUUCCUGGGACAAUGGCCCAACCUUUCCCACCAAUCCACUCUUCCUUGCAAGGGCUUAAAUAAAUUUUAAAAUAAUAUUAAUUUUAAUAUUUUAAUUUAGAAUGCCCGUUCAUAAAUUGCGACCAAAUUGUUAAAAAAAUUAGUUAUUUUAUUAUUUUGGAAAUGUGCUUUGAAAAUUUAUUAAAAUCCAUUUUUAUUAUUUAGGCCGUAAUAUUCAAAAUUGACCCAGAAAAUCAUUUCUGUCCUGAGUCAAGCCCCUGGCUAUACAGAGGCAGGACCCGGGACAGACAUGCUCGAAACUUUCAUGGUAUAUGAGCAUGACAAAAUUAUCUCUCUGCUCAUCUGAGAUUUCUGGUAUAAUAGCGUUCUUAUCUAUAUUAAACAUGUGUGAGCAAUUGUAUGUUACUUAAACAUUCAUUUUACUUGCAUAUUUGUGUUCAAAUAACUAGACUGUGGAGACACUAAACAUGUCGCUCAUUUAUCUACAUUUUAUUAGAUACCUUAAUACCAGCAUGCUGCUCAUAUGUCUUCAUUUAUCAAAAUAACAUGUUGCUCAUGUUUCUACAGUUAAUGGAAUAGUACAUAUUGCUCAGGUAUCUAUAGUAACAUAACAUUUUUCACAAUCAUUGAGCAAUGCACAUUGUAGGCACCAUAAUUUUCCGACCAAUAUCAUGUUACUUAUUUAUAUACAUUUUGGACACCAUCUUAUUUUUGUAUAUCUACUGGGCCACAGGAAAAUGUCAAGACGUCAGUGUCACCCUGUUAAUGUAUUUAUGUCAGUCUGGAAUGACUAACCACAUGUCGAAGGACGGUUUGAAAUGCCUAUUUGUUGUCGAUCAAAAUAGGUUUAUGUGAACAAUUAGUUUUACGUUUAUUUUUCUCAAGGGAGAUAAUAAAGAUGCUGGAAAACAUUUGUGGAUGUUUUGUCCAUUAAACCCCCACCCCCCACCCCACCCCACCCCCCACCCCCCAUUUUUUUUUUUUUUAUAAACCCCCGUCAUUUUGGAAAAGAAAUUUGUCUUAGAACAUGUAAACUAUUUUUAGAAUAACUUUUUGAAGGUCAUACAAUUUAGGCAGAAAUCAGUGUACUGCUUAUAGAAAUAACAAGAUUAGAAAUGAAUACCUCUUGUGAGUGUUUGGCCAAUUUCAAACCAUUUGCCAUUUUCACAUUAUAUUGAUAAAGAUGUUGAUAUAUGUUGCUCAGUUUUAAAAUAGGAGUUGAGAUUAUUUCCUUGUUUCCACUACAAAAAUCAAAUAUAAAAUCAGUUAUCUACAUUACAUGUAAGUAUAAGUAGUAAUACAUAAUUAUUGAAAUCUAUUUUCAUAAAAAAAAGAGUGUUGUAACAAUGUUUGAUAUGUUUUGAAUAUUGUGAUAAUCCAUUUACCUGUCAACAAUUGUACAAACUUACAAGCAUGUUUUCUUUAUAUUAUCAGUUAUAUCAUUUUUUAUUAUAGAUAUGAAUUUACUUUCUAUGAAACAUUUGUAAAUAUAUGCACAGUCAUAUCUGGAUGCCUUUCACUCGUUACUUUUGAUUUGAUUUUCAAUUGCAUAUUUUUUACAUCAAUAAUUGUGAGAUAAUAUAUGAAAAUAAAGUUUUAGUGUUGUAGUAAACCUAACAAAACUUACAUACAUGUAUUUAAAAACUACUUUUUGAAUUGACACAUUGGAUAUUGUACAAAUAUUAACAUCUUACCAAAAAAGACGACUAAUUACAUGAAGAUUGAUCAAGAUUUGUCAUGCGAGAUAAAAACAAUAUUGGGUCAGUGAUGAGGCAAUAUCAACUUUAUGCUCUUCAGGAUAAGAGGAGAAUUGCUUGGCAAAUAUUAUGGAGGUCUCCAAACUUACCUUCACAGGAUAAAGCGGACCUAAGCAAAAAUGAUUAGAAUGCAUCAUGUUCCUGAUUGUUGUUAGUGUUCUUAAAAUUGGUUCCUGUUAAUGCAAAACUAUAAUAAUCAUCAAAUUUCAUAAUACAAGCAGUUAUUCUCAUCUUUAUUAUAAAAAAAAUUUCCCGUUAUAACAACUUACUUGAUUAAUUUGGCAAGUGUUUACAAUUAUAAUUUUAUCAUACAGUUAAAAGGUUUGUUGUUUUGUGUAAGAAGCAAACUUGAUGAAAGUUUAAUGUUUAUUUUAUUGGAUUUUUUUUUUUUUACAAAUCUGGAGGGUAGGUAAGAAUGAAAAAGAAAACACUUACAAGUCUCAUUUUAGAUUAUGCCAGAUAUACCAUUGUCUUGCUCUUUUGAGUUGAUGUUUUCUCAUUACAGUUUUUUCUUUUCCUUAAACUGGUUGGCAUUUUUUCAAAACAGGAAUAUGUUUCAAGUACAUAACACUUUUAAGUAUGUAUGGGGGAUCACAAAAUGUUCAUGGAGAUAGAAAGGUAUGUUUGUCAAGACUUAAGUAAAUGCUUUCAAAACCAUAUGUCAUUUUUGUUUUGCCUUAAUAAAGUAAAUAGGUGAGAUAUGGGUAUUACUUCCUUGACAGCAACAACAGCAGCAACUUUUGUAUUAAAGUUUUACAUACAGAUCCAGUUCUCUCAAACUAUAAGUCCUAGAUUAGUGAAACUUGGUUUAUAGUUGCACCUGUAUAUGUUCAUCACAGUGGUCCAAAAACGUUUAUGGUAGGUAAGACAUUUAAUUCCAAAGAAGUCUUGUUAUUCAUAAAUGAAUUACCGGCAGUAAUGGCCAAUUUUUCUAGUACAGAUGCUUUUUGAAUGAAGUAUUUAUUACUAUCCAGCAAACAAAUCAAAAAUAUUAACAAGAAACCAAAUAAUCUUAUUCGAAUUAUGUCUUGGUGACCGUGAAAGGAAUGGAUUGAUGAGUAUUACAUAAGUUCAAAGGAAGGAGUGGUCUCCAUGUAUACAAAUGGCCUGAAUUUUCAUUACAUAUUUGUUGAAAUCGCAAAUCUUUUAUACGGUAUGUGAAAUAAAAAAUUUAACAUCCUUUUUUUCUUUCUUUUCUUAGUGCUAAUUUGUGUGACUAAAUAAAUGUCAAUUGUGAUAGGUAGUAGAUUUAUUUUUACCUGUAUAUACAUUACAAAUUUGUUUUGUUUUUUAAAACUUUUUGUUAAUUUAUGUUGCUUCUCAGUUUACCAAAUUGUACUACAUCAAUAGUACAUGUAUCACUGGAUGAAUGAAGGCGAUUAAUUUGUUGAUGUCAGCAGCUUUUUUUUUCACUGAAUCAGACUGCUAUAUUUUAAAAUUUUAGAAUCUAGCUUUGAAGCUCCUAUACAAAGCUUUACAUUUAUCCAAAGAAAAUGUUUUUUUAUCAAGUUAUCAUUGGUAUCCGAUAAUGUUUAUAUUGACAUUUGGGAGGAUGUUUGUUUUGUUUUGUUUUUUGUUUUGUUUUCUGUGUACACCAAAUAUAGAAUCUUUAAUUCCUGGAGAAAUUAAAAAAGUAGUUUUUAAACUUUUCUGCUAAUAUUUUAUUGUAGGAUAUUUCAGAUUUAGUUUUGGUUAACAUUUUGUGUAAACUCAAAAUUAAGUAAUUUCUGUAUGUUGAACUAUGUCCCUGUUAUUCACUAUUAUUUUAUAUAUUUUAAGCUUAGGCAUUUUAUCAAAAAUCUUUUGUAAACAUUUUAUAUUGCAUGUAUUUGUUCAUUUGAAAUAUUAAGCUGUCACCUUUAGCGUAACAAAUGUGCAUUAUGAUUACAAGGGAUAGGUGUUAUAAGCAUGUGCUUGUUUGCCAAUUCCAUUCCUAACAUUGGAAGUAAAUAUUAUUUAAAAUAUAUAUAUGUAUAUUAAGAUGCACGUAAGUAUAUAAAUAUUUACUAUCAUCAUUCAGUAAAUUAUUCAAUGUCCUCUCUGUACUCAAAUGUGCAAUCCUUUUGAUUUGUUCUGUAAAUUAUUUCUGAAGCAUUAACUGUUAUAUUCAACAAUAUUUAUUACCGCCUUUGGUCUUGUUCAGAUUUGAUGUUCAAAUUGUCAAGAACAUGGUAUAUGGUUAGUCAGUAACCAUGGACUCAGUCUGAUUAGUUUAUUUUAAUUUUUAACUGACAAUGUAUCUGGUCACUGGAUCUGGUGUCAUCGUAAUGACUCAUCCUGAUUAACAUUACAUUGUUGUAAAUAAUUCUUUGCAAUGUGAUCAGACUUCAGGCUGUAUAUAUUUUUAUUUUUAUUGAAUUUAAAUUUGACUGCUUUGAUUUAAAAUAGGUCGAAGUGUUAUUUUCAAACUGAAGUGAAUUUAAAUUUGACUGCUUUGAUUUGAAAUAGGUCGAAGUGUUAUUUUCAAACUGAAGUGAAUUUAAAUUUGACUGCUUUGAUUUAAAAUAGGUCGAAGUGUUAUUUUCAAACUGAAGUGAAUUUAAAUUUGACUGCUUUGAUUUGGAAAAGGUCAAAGUGUUAUUUUCAAACUGAAGUGAAUUUAAAUUUGACUGCUUUGAUUUGGAAAAGGUCAAAGUGUUAUUUUCAAACUGAAGUGAAUUUAAAUUUGACUGCUUUGAUUUAAAAUAGGUCGAAGUGUUAUUUUCAAACUGAAGUGAAUUUAAAUUUGACUGCUUUGAUUUAAAAUAGGUCGAAGUGUUAUUUUCAAACUGAAGUGAAUUUAAAUUUGACUGCUUUGAUUUAAAAUAGGUCGAAGUGUUAUUUUCAAACUGAAGUGAAUUUAAAUUUGACUGCUUUGAUUUGAAAUAAGUCAGUGUCAUUUUCAAAUUGAAGGCAUCGAACUUGGAUAUUAGUAAUUAUCAUACAAGAUGAUAGAGAUAUAUUCACAUUUCUUUUUUUCAAUAAUAUUAAGAGUGAAGUAUAAAAUGGGCUUUGGAUAAAGAAUUAUAUUUGUUUUGUUUUUUAAAAAAGGUAAAGUGGAUUCUAUUAAAAUCGGCAUCUGUAUACAGUUAGACCUCAUUACACAGGUAGACCUCAUUACAAUAACCGUCGUUACUACGACACUUACACCAUCCGACCACAAAUUGUCAGGAACAAACGUACAUCAGUGUUAUUCUGUUCAUUACACCGGAAUUCACACCUUCCAACACCGACAGAGCAAAUUAGGAACAAACAUGCAUCCAACAUCUGAAAACACCUUUUACAAUGACAUUACAUAAUCACAGAUACCGUAGCAUGUUGGCAGUACACACAUACCCACUUAGAAUCCUUGAUCUCGUAGUGAGCCGACUGUGUCACAUGCUGUUCGAGCUACCGAUGUCUGAAAUCUGUAGACAUGUUUUGCUUUUGCAAAUCAGCCUUUUGUUAACCAAUUAAAGGAUUAACUUCGAACAAUAAAAUCUUCUCUUUUCAUGAUAUUUUGUAAACGAAACAGGUACCAAUCGUAGAUGUCUUGAUUGGACUGAAGAUGAAUGUGCCUUGUUUAAUAUAUUUAAUGAUGUUUUUUAAAACACAUUUAAUAUAUGUACCUGCAUUUGUGUUUUGAUAAUAAUCGCAAUGCAUUAAUUAUUUAAAUGCUAUUCAGUCAUCAGUUAACAUUAAUUAGUAUUUUUUGUUACGUUAUUUUGGCAAUGGAGAUAACUCAUUACAAUUUGAUACACCGGCAAUUUCGAUAUAACGACAAAGAGACCCAGGGACAAACAUGGUCGUUGUAACGAGGUCUGACUGUAAUUACAAUUUUUAUGUAACCUGGCACAAUCCCAUCCAGUGUAUUAAAUUUGUUGCAUAAAGGGAUGUGUUUAUCCGUACUCUCGUAGAUUAAUAUUUUGCAGGUUUUGGGAACCUUUAGAAUUGACUUUUGACCGACACUCUGUCAAAAAAAAAAAGAACAAGUGAAAUCCAAUGUUUUCUAUAUACCUCAAGUAUACUUGCCCAUUUCAUAAAUCCCAUCUGAAUCCACUGUAAACGGUUUUGUUAAUUUCAAUUUAUAAUUUAAAAAAACCAGACACAAUUAAAACAAAUUGAAUGUAUUUAGAUAAAUUUUAACAUUUUUAAUAUACAUUAAAUUAAAAAAAUUAUGCUUAUUCUGUAAAUGUUUUUGUUACCAUUAUAUACAGAUGAUAUAAAUGCUACAACCUACAUUUAAAAUAAAUGUUGAUAUUUGGAAGUGAUUUGGUGAGGUAACUGUGAUGCAUGUUUUUAUUGUAAUAACACAAGUACUGACGACAGAGAUCUCUCUGUACCUGUGAUGUAAACCAACCAUGUCACCCUGAACAUAGUCAUGUUGCACAUAUAUUGUCAAGUAUAAAUGUUUAUAUAUUAUAUGGGUAUUAAGCAUUUUACUUUCUUCUGUUUAGUCAUUAGAUUUUAUUACCAGUUCAGCAGUUGUAAAUGGCAAUAAAUGUAUCAUCUUUAUAAAAAAUC